GUAGGAUAAGUCACCUGUAGGACAUGUCACCUGUAGGACAUGUCACCUGUAGGACAUGUCACCUGUAGGACAAGUCACCUGUAGGACAUGUCACCUGUAGGACAUGUCACCUGUAGGACAUGUCACCUGUAGGACAUGUCACCUGUAGUUGACCGAUGGCCAGCCCUGCCCAUGACCCAUGACACAGUCAAGGUCAUGGACUCGGCCAAGUUGAGUCGUCAUGUCAGUUUUGACGAGCGCAGCAUGACGGCGGUGUCCAGCUUCAUCCAGGGCUCUCUAGAGGGCGACACCAUCUGUCAGGGCAAGUGGACGGGCCAGAAGAUCGGAGUCUUCACCAGUGGGGGGGACGCUCAGGGCAUGAACGCCGCGGUACGGGCCAUAGUGAGGGUGGGCAUGUAUCUCGGCUGUAAGGUCUACUACAUCAACGAGGGUUAUCAAGGGAUGGUGGAUGGAGGUGAGCACAUACAGGAGGCGACCUGGCAGAGCACAUCAAACAUCAUACAUAUGGGUGGAACCGUUAUUGGCAGCGCUAGAUGCAUGGAGUUUAAGGAGCGCUGGGGCCGCCUGAAGGCUGCCCAGAACCUCAUCCAUUGGGGCAUCACUAACCUCAUCGCUAUAGGUGGUGACGGAAGUCUGACUGGAGCCGACCUCUUCCGUCAAGAGUGGCCGAGCCUGGUCAGGGAGUUGGUGGACAAAGAGAUCUUGACCAAGGACAAGUUGUCCCAGUUCGGCAGUAUCAACAUUGUGGGUCUGGUCGGAUCUAUCGACAACGACUUCUGUGGGACGGACAUGACCAUCGGGGUGGACUCGGCGCUCCACCGGAUCCAAGAGGCGGUGGACAACAUCAUGACGACAGCCGUCAGCCACAAACGCGCCUUCGUCCUAGAGAUCAUGGGUCGUAUGUGUGGGUUCCUGCCCCUGGCUGCGGGCAUAUCGAGCGAGGCCACUUUUAUUUUUAUACCAGAGGAGCCGCCCCUGGGGGACUGGAGACAGCUCUUGUGUGAGCAAAUGAUGGAGAAAUCGAAAAGUGGCGAAGUUCGUCGAACACACAUCAUAUUAGUGGCUGAGGGGGCCAUAGACUCCGAAGGUAAUCAAAUCAAGUGUACGGACGUACAGAAGGUCCUGACUGACCGGAUGAAGAUGGACGUGCGCGUGACAGUUCUCGGCCACGUGCAGAGGGGAGGCAACGCAUCAGCUUUUGACCGAAUCCUGGCCACGCGGAUGGGGGCCGAGGCUGUGCUUGCCCUGCUUGACACCCCACCCAACUCCCCCGCCAGCGUCAUCUGUCUGGACGGAAAUGACAUCGUGCGCGUGCCUCUCAUGAAGGCCGUGGAGAAGACCAAGUUGGUUGGCGAGAAGAUGGCGGAGAAAAACUUCGAGGAGGUCGUCACGCUACGUGGACGACCAAUCGUAAAGAACCUGGCCAUCUAUGCGCUCCAGUCAAAGGUCAUCACACAUCCAAGCUUGAUGCCACCGAGAAGAAAAAAAAUUUACCGAAUCGCCAUGCUCCACGUGGGGUCGCCUGCCUGUGGGAUGAACGCCGUGGCUCGGGGCUUUGUCAGCGUGUGUGUGAGUCGGGGGUACGAGCCCGUCUUUGUCUACAACAGCUGGGAGGGGCUCAGUGCUCGGAAGGUCAAGGCCGUGGUCUGGAAUGAUGUCCACCAUUGGACGAGUAAGGGAGGCUCCCUGCUGGGCACCAACACGAAAACGGCCCAGGAGAUCGGCCUUGGCAACAUCGCUGACGCUCUCAACGAGUUGGACAUUUCCGGUCUGGUCAUCGUCGGGGGAUUUGAGGCCUACGAGAGCGCGUGCCAGAUCCACCAUGCACGUGAGCACUACGAGGAGCUGUGUGUGCCGGUCGCCGUCGUGCCGGCCACCAUCGCCAACAACGUGCCGGGGGCAGUCAUGUGCAUCGGCUGUGACACUGCUCUCAACCAGAUCUGUAAGGCCUGUGAUGACCUCAAGCAGUCCGCCUUCAGUAUACAGAAAUGUGUUUACAUCGUGGAGGUGGGGGGAGACAACUGCGGUUACCUAGCAACGCUGGCGGCCAUAGCUGCAGGAGCUGACUUUGCUUUUAUCCAGGAAGAAAAUUUUUCAGUACGGGACAUACAGAACUUGUGCCACACCAUCAAACACAAAUUCGAAUAUUCGGGCGUGGAGCAGGCUCUCCUAAUCAGAAACGAAAACGCUAACCCUAACCUGACGACAGACUUCAUAUUCAGAAUUUUUAACGAGGAAGGGAAGCCAUCCUGUACCGCCAGGCAGACAAAACUGGGUCACAUCCAGGAAGGGUACAAGGCCACACCUUACGACCGUGCAGCCGGCAUAAGAGCCGGCAGCCGGUGUACGGACUGGAUGAUUAACGCCAUAGAGGCCAAUGGCGGGAAAGAUAAAGAUAAAAUUUUCACCAAAUCGCCGACUACUGUGGUCGUGUACUGCUCACGUAAGGAGAUGGCCGAGCACAUGCCAGUGGAUGAGCUCAUGCUUCAGACAGACUUCGAGAAGAGGCUGCCCAAACGCCAGUGGUGGACCAAACUUCGCGGUCUCAUGGACAUCCUGUCCUGGUCCAACGUCAUCACUGACUAGACAGCAGGGGCGGGCAACUCCUGGAGAUUUCACAGGGGAGAUCACUCGUCAAAUAACUGAGUCAAAUACAUUUCAAACAUUUUGGCGCGCUUUAGGGACGUGAUUGAUUACAUUCAUUAAAUAAUUUUUUAA